GGGGUCGCGGGGUCAGGGGUGAGGCUGAUGCCGCAAGAUGGCGGAGCGGGCGCUGCAGGAGGCACUGUUGGUGCAGCUUCAGGUUCAGGAGGCGGAGGGGGGAAUCGACAGUGCCGAGCUGGCCAGCCGCCUGGGCUUCGACCACCAGGCCUUGGUGGGGGCCGUCAAGAGCCUGCAGACGCUGGGCGAUGUGAUUGAAGCAGAGCUGCGAUCCAGCAAGCACUGGGAGCUGACUGAUGAAGGAAAAGAGAUCGUGGAGAAAGGCAGUCAUGAAGCUCGAGUCUUUAAUGCGAUUCCACCAAAUGGAAUUACUCAGAGUGACCUGAUGAAACUCCCGAGCGGAAAAGUGGGUUUCAACAAAGCCAUGUCCAGCAAGUGGAUCCGCAUAGACAAGAGUGCUGAAGGGGGACCUCGGAUCUAUAAGGCUACUGAUUGUAUUGAAGAUGCUGUCAAAAAUAAGCUGCUGCUAGUCCAGCAGAGAAAGGAUGGCAGCCUGGACGACAAGGAGAAGAAUGAACUGAAAAAGAGGAAACUGCUCAGCGAAGUGACUCUGAAGACCUAUUGGAUCACCAAAGGAAGCUCAUUUAGCACCACAGUGGUUAAACAGGAUACUGAGCUUACCCCAGAGAUGAUAGCCAAUGGUUCGUGGAGAGAGAAGAAGUUCAAGUCAUACAACUUUGAUGCCAUGGGCAUCAUUCCGGAAUGUGGCCACCUGCAUCCCCUGAUGAAAGUCAGAACGCAGUUCCGACAGAUAUUCCUGGAAAUGGGUUUCACAGAAAUGCCAACCAAUAACUUCAUAGAGAGUUCGUUCUGGAACUUUGACUCCCUCUUUCAACCACAGCAACACCCAGCCCGGGACCAACAUGACACAUUCUUCCUGUCUGAGCCAGCCACUGCAACACAAUUUCCAAUGGAUUACCUCGAAAGAGUAAAGAGAGUCCAUUCAGAGGGUGGAUAUGGAUCCCAGGGGUAUAAAUAUGACUGGAAGAUUGAGGAAGCGCAGAAGAAUCUCUUGCGAACACACACAACAGCUGUCAGUGCACGGAUGCUGUACAAACUUGCCCAAAAGGAAGCGUUCACACCCGUGAAGUAUUUCUCCAUCGACCGUGUCUUCCGUAAUGAAACACUGGACGCCACUCACUUGGCAGAGUUUCACCAGAUUGAGGGGGUGGUAGCAGAUUAUGAUCUGACCCUGGGCGAUCUGAUGGGAGUUCUCCAACAGUUCUUCAACAAACUUGGUAUAACCAAACUACGUUAUAAGCCAGCCUUCAACCCCUACACAGAGCCUAGUAUGGAGAUCUUCAGCUAUCAUGAAGGGUUGAAGAAGUGGGUGGAAGUUGGGAAUUCUGGUGUUUUCCGCCCCGAGAUGCUGCUUCCUAUGGGUCUGCCGGAAAAUGUGACCGUGAUUGCCUGGGGCCUCUCUCUUGAGCGGCCAACCAUGAUCAAGUACGGAAUCAACAACAUCCGUGAGCUGGUGGGGCACAAGGUGAACCUGCAGAUGGUGUAUGAUAGCCCAGUCUGCCGCCUGGACUCCUAGCAUUUGGGCAUUGAUGCAGCACAAACGGACUUUUACCGAAGCAUGUGCUCAACACUCCUUUAGCCCGAGAAAAGGUUUUGCUAUACUUAAAUUUGGGGAAUCGGGGAGAGGAAGAAUAAAGUAAUAUUUUGGGCUUUGUCGCCCUGGGAAAUGGUUUGCCAUUUUCACUGCCUCUGGAAUUCCUUGUGCAAAAUUGUGAUGUUUGCGAUUCAUUUCCCUCUUUUAAGUUGACCUUUCAAGGUGUUGCAGGGAACUGGCAAGUUUACACAUGGUUCUUGCCGAAAUGUGAGAGAUAUCAACUUAAAAUAGAAGUGGAAGCUGGAAUUGAACUGCAGGCUAAUCAGAGUAAAAGUUACAAUUUCUGUUUGGGGUGCUACCUGAAAUGUUCUGAUGAAUGGGCGGAUAUACUGGAGCCAUCAGCUCCUCCCUGCCUAACCAACAGUAUAUAAAACCCAGUAUGAAGUGACUAAACCAACUAGAAGGAAAGGAAGUGGUUUUGGUCAAUCUGCAGUCCUUUUUUUAAUUUUAAUGUGGUCCUGGCCCCCUCCCUCUCUUCGUUUUAUACAGUGGCAUCUUGAAAAGCUGUCACUGUGGCACAUACCUCAUUAUCACAUGUUUAAAGCGUCUUGAUUCCUGAGAAGUGCGUUUAUGAUGAUCAUCUUAUAUCAGAAAAUUAAAUGGGAACUGUAAAUCAAUAACAAAACAGUAAAACAAUAAAUGGAGCAAAGUGUA